CACCAAUUUAACCCUGUGUCCUGAGUUUCCUCCACAUAUCCUGAAGUGUGCGUCUUCAAGUUAACCACACAAAAUAAUCAAGACCAAAAGGGAAAAUAAAUACUGGUUCUUGCAUUAAACCCUGCCUUCUCCUUGCCUCAUUGCAUCCUUGCCCUUUGGGUCUUCUGACCGAGACCCUGUCUGCUCGCCACACUCACUCUCCCCGAACCAAAUCACCCCUACAGUUCCUUCAAUGGUCCUUCGAGCCGGAUACUGAGUGAGUGAUACCAUGGCAGGCAACGGUAAGGAGUCAAGAGAGUUGACGUUGCCAGAGAAGGCCCCCCAAGCUGGAACCAGAAGUGAGGGGACGGUAUCCAGACCUACACGAGAGAGACGUCCACCUGACCGCUAUGGCUUCCUGGAUCCUGAUGGGAAACUCUCCAGCCAGCCCAAAAGCCUCCCUCGUCACAGCCAAGCAGCCGUACUGCCGCCUCCACCCCCAGGUGCUGUUGAUGUCCAGGCGGAUGACCAUGAAAACCCUGAUCAGACGCUGAGAGAGAACACAGCCGCUGAGGAACGAGGAGUGGAGGAGGAAGAGACGACAGUCGAGGAGGAAGAAGAAGAGGACUAUGAAGUUACCCACGACUAUGUCCAGCUUGAAUCAGCAGCUCUUCAGCCCGCUCCACUGCCCGCUCCACUGCCCGCUCCACAGCCAGCUACACAGCCAGCAUCUGCUCCGAUCCACCUGAGAGAUGUGAGACCUGGCAGAUCCAGGGGCAAGAGCGACAAGCGUGAGCCACCACCAAGGUCGAAGACGGCCUUCUCUUCUAGCUCCACUUAUGCUAGUGGAAGCUCCCGAAGCUCACGCAGGAGCCAACAGGUGGAGCUCACCCCACAACAGGCGGCCAUGGUCGAUGAGAGGAGGAAACUUGGAGAACUGCAGGAGAUACAGCGUCAGAUUGAGGAGGAACAAGCUCCAUUUACAACUGUGUCCACAAUUUCUGCUGGGCAGCCAGGGCUAUACUGGCUCCGGUCCAGAUCAAACUUCCUGAUGCUGAGAAGUUUGUGGAAAUGGCCACUUUUUUCCAAAACCUUUGGAGAGCACCUCAGUGUGUUGGUGCAAUAG